CUGAACAUGGGACUUUUUGGCUGGUGAUCACCACCAGCAUCUCAGGGUUAGGGUCCUCUCUCUUAGGCCAUGGCGAUGUGUCUCCACGCAACUCUGCCCCGCAUUUUCCACCGUGACAUUCUCUUUUCUUCGCCCACCCUAAACUGCUGAGACAAAAACCAAGUUCCUGCUGUACAAACAACGUUCAUUUCAAGUGCAAAAAUGACAUCGUUUCUAUUUCGUUCCAGCAGAAACCCUCAGUACAAACUCGUCUUCUACGUCCCAACCACCCACCUUCGAAUCUGCAAAGACGCCGUCUUUGCUGCUGGAGCAGGCCGUUAUCCCGGAGCUGGCAAUUACACAGAAUGUUGCUGGACAGCAUUGGGAACUGGACAGUUCAAACCGGGACACGGUGCCAAACCUUACAAGGGAAAAGUCAACGUACUCGCUGAGGAAGAAGAGGCUCGGGUUGAGACACUGUGUGUGGGAAAGGCCGUGGCCAAACGCGCCGUGGAAGCUCUGAAGAAGGCACACCCAUACGAGGAGCCAGCUUAUGAGGUUUACAAGAUGGAAGACGUAGAAAGCUGGCGCCUAGGCUCUGGAUUGCGAGCCAAGUUAUGAUCAUCAAGAGAUAUUGCAAGCAAGUCUUACAAUCAGAGAGUUUGACAGAUGUUUCUGGCCUUCCUAUCGCCUGUAUCUAACAAUUCUUCCAACCCUGUCAACACGCAGCCAAUGAAGCCGCACCUUGGCAGCGCCCCCGCUCGCCGAUGUCACCUCAACGGAGGCGCCUCCUGAAGCGCGUCAAUCCCACUAUGUCCAUCAUCCGUCCAUAUUCAAUCACUAGGGCCAGGACGGAAUGCCUA